AUGGCCAAAUUUGACAGGGAGUGGUAUGUCGACUCUCAAGUCAAGCGAGCCGACGCGGCCGGCGAUUUCUCCGUCGAUACGACACCCCUUACGUCGCUCCUCCUCGAAUAUCUCGACACCCCCGGCAAUGGACUGGAGAGUCUGAGGCCCGAGCACGUCAAGCCGUCCCUCAAGAAAUAUUUGAGGUGGAGGGUCGUCUUCCACAACGACACCAACGACGCGAGAACCGUCCCCGACCUCAAGAUCGGCGUCAGCGCCAAGAUCUACCAUGAUGAGGGAGAGCCGACCUACGAGGAGUACCCGGACGUCGUCUCGGACAUCCUACCCGGGGCUAGCCGCACUGCCAUCGUCACUGCCUAA